AUGAACAGUACAAAUACUACAGUUGACGUCAGCCUGACUACCAUCCCUACCCUGAUAAUGAAUACCACUUUGAAUAAUGAUACAUCGAAUUCAACUGCAUUUGAUAGUAAUCCAUUUGUAAUCAAUUUAACAAAAUCAUUUCAUGUAGCCAGUAAACCCUUAGCUAUAUUUCUAUUCAUCUUAGUAUGUCUUGCAUGUCUGGGCUUUAUCUUCCUCAUCCUAUUAUGUACGCGUACUUGUAUUCGUCGAAAAUAUGCCCCAAGAGUAUUACGUAAACGUCCAAAAGGCAUAUAUGUUGAUGAAAUACCCGGUUUAGUACAAAAUCCUAUCCAGCAUAAAUAUGGAUCAUUAGAAUAUUCGUUGGAAUAUAGCAUAGAUCGUGAACAGUUGAGAAUUGGUGUCCUUAAAGCGAGUAAUUUAGUUGGACCAAAUAAUUCAGAAUCUCUACAUCCAUAUGCUACAAUAACAUUGGCUAAAUAUGAUGGACAAAAUUUACGGAUUAUUGAUAAACAAGCCAAAACUGAAGUGUUUACACAAACAAAUCAACCAGUCUGGAAUCAGUUGUUCACAUUUCAUAUGCUAGAAUGUGAUUUGAAUAAGGCAGUGAUUAUAUUUGAGGUAUUCGCCUAUGAUAGUAUUUGUCAAGAUAGUAGUAUUGGUAAGUUGGAAGUUUAUCUUCAAGAUGAAGAUCACAGUGAAUUUGUUGGUAAAAAUCUAGAAAAAACUGGUUGGUUAGUCGCUGGAACUGGAUAUAAUUUUGGUAUAGGUGAACUUUGUGUCGGCAUAGGUUAUUAUCCCAACAGGUCAAGAAUUGAUGUUUGUAUAUAUGAAUGUAGACAAUUAAAGCUGGAGAGUUAUAUGCCUAAAUUGAAAAAUCGUGAAUUAGAUAUUUUAGUUAUGUUCAAGCAUCGUAAGCAUACGGUUCAACGGGAGAGAACGCAUAAACGUAAAGAAUUGAUUAAUCCUUAUUUUAAUCAGAAGAUUAGUUUUCCACUGAAGGAGAAUAAUCUUGAACAGAUAAGUGUUGUUUGUCAAUUAAGGUGUAUAAAUCGAUUACGUAUGAAACAUGUGUUAGGCGAUAUACAGAUUGGAAUGGAUUCAAAACAGACAACGGGAAUUAAACAAUGGGAAGAAAUGGUUAAAAAUCCAUCGAAAAUGCAUGUGAUGUGGCAUUCAAUUGCUCCAAUAUAA